CUGCAUAACAAGGUGAAGAACCGAAUGAACGCAGACGCGAAAGGCACUGCAACGGAUACAGUGCUUGCUAACUACGGUCGUUGCGGAGCUACUUCUUGGUAUUGAAAAUGUCGAGGCAUUGACGGAACAGCACCCUCUGAGGUUAUGUCUCUAAGGAAGCCUUUUAGUGAAGAGGAUACAGGACCACUUCUGACUUUAGGAGAUCGUGUGGUGUGGUUGUUUGAACAUGGACCUGAGCAUGGCUGGGUCCGUUGGAUUGGACGAAUUCCUGUUGUUUCUCCCAAUUGGACCAUUGGUGUUGAAUUUGAUAAUCCUAUUGGAGCAGGAGAUGGGAAAUUUGGUGGAAAACGCUACUUCUAUGCCAGGAAUGAUCAUGCUUACUUUCUACCUAACUCAAGUUUGCUUCGUGCUUGUGACUACAACAGUAGUUUCCGAAAACAAAAUUCUCUCGGAGGGUCUACACCAGGUUUCCAAGCAAAAAUGUACACCUUCCCACACCAGUACAGUGUGGCCAAGUGCCCCUUUCCUAGCUCUACAAAGGGUGUUGAAGCCACUCGCUUAACUGCAGCUCGCCUUAUCAGCUCCAGCAGCAGCACCAGCAGGGAACGUGGUAUGUGUGGCACUAGCAAGUUGCACCGGUCCCAGUCCACUCAUGCAAAGGAUGAGCCCAACUUGUCAGACUAUGACAACUGGCUAGAUGGCAAGGAUCCAUGCAAUGUGCAUGUGAAGUCGUGGAAAAGCAGCAGCACUCAUUCAGUCGUGAGCUGUCCACCUGUGCUGCUCCCCAAGAUGCUUGUGACACGUGAGCAAACCUCAAGCUCAGAUAGCGAUAUUAAUUUUGGGAGCCUGCGUUCUCUUAUGUCAUGUUUCACUUUGGGCUCCCAUCGUAAAAAGAAGCGCAGGAAGAAAAAGAAGAAAAGCCAUCAUCUGGUGAUUGUGACAGGCUCAGACAACAGCAACCACUGUUGUUCUAGUGGAAGUGUAGCUGGUGCACAAGCACAGCAACAUGUGUGUGAAGGUGACCACAGCAUUCGGCAUUCUUCUAAGAAGCGUAGUGCACAGGAGCUGGCUUGUGUGUCUAAUGGGCCAAAAGCCAUCUGGAGGUAUUCUCUGCAAGAACAGGACAUGCAGAGAAGUGACGCUUCUUGCAAAGAGCCUGUUGCCACAGAAGUUGCAGAGCAAAAGUCUCCACCAAAGCUUCCGCCAAAGACCUCCACCAGAAAGAAACGCUUGGCUCCACAGCCUCCUGGUGGCAAUAUUACUCCAACUGGGACACUGCCGAGGAACCAACCAGUGCCAGCUGUGGUAGUUCCUUGUAGCUCAUCUUCACACAGCACUGACAGCCUAAGUUUGACCCGACGACGGUCUCACAAAAAGCCGGCACCUCAGCCACCCAGAUGUGAUGUCUGGCAUUCAGUAGCCAAGUCAGGGACUCUCCCAAGUGGAAUACAAAAAGGAUUAUAUGCCAAUGAAGCUACAGAGGAUAGCAAAGCUGUGACUACCUUGAAAACACGGUCACUUCCCAUGGCUGAUAUCAACAUGCCUGGCACCUCUGCUCUUCAUCUUUAUUUGCUUGAAAGUCAGCAUGGUCAACAAGCUCAAAAAAGACAAGAAUUUGGAAAAAAUUUAGCUGACUUGGUGGUCAAGCCUGACCUUCCUGUUAAAACAAUUCCAUGUCCUGUGUCCUAUAUAGGCAGUGACAGGACUGAGUCUAUUGGAUGUGGUAGCUCUAUUCAAAAUAGGAACCUUAAUGACAAGCAAAAUAUUAAAACAGUUGAUGAGACGGGCAAACCAGUGCAUGUAAGACCAGUGGCUUCAGAAGGUGAAAAAAGGGAUGCUCACCAACAUCAAGUCUCCAGUCGUGAAAUGAGAUCAUCCACUCUGCCACCUACAAGGCAGUGCCCUCCUAUUUUAGAAGAGGAGGAGCCAUAUGCCAGCACAGUAGUAGGUGGAGAAUUCAAUAACUUAGAAUCUGUAUUGAAACGUAACUCGAAUGUGUUCGAGCUUUUAGAUGCUUUCAGCAAGCUUGAAUUGAAUUCUGAUGAGACACAAAAGGACAGUGAGCCUGAGUCGCCAAAGCACUCUAGAAAGCAAGUAAAAUCACUGAAGUCACUUUUUCAGAAACACCCAACAGAUGCCAGCAAAGUUGUUUCUACAAAGUGGACAUAUACGCCAAUGGAAUCCAAAAAAGAGAAUUUCUUCACUGCUGUAAAACCUGGAUCUCCCAUUGCUGCAAGACUUGAAGAUAGGGAAACAGCAGAUUCCAAGAUGGAAAACAUUGAUGCAAGUUCUUCGGAUUCAGAGGCAAAGUGGGGGAAGAACCUGCCAUCUCACUUACCUUUGAAUACACAGUUGGCAUCCUGUCGAAUGAACCUCAAACCCGUUAGCCACUCUCCUGACUUUGGCAGUGUGUUUUGCAAGCUACGUCCACAAGCAAGUAACUCUUCCCCUGGAAACCCACCUUGGAAACACCAACUCCAAGCUGGGAAAGUGCUGCCAGACGAACCAAGACCAAGUGGCUCAGAGCUGCCAGUUGUGGAGACUAAAAAUAAAACUUCCGGAGGGAGAAAAGAAGGUGGAGGGGGGGGUCGUGUUGGCGAAACUGCCUCGUCUGCAGCAGUGGCUGCCACAGCUGCAUGCUCACUUGAAAUGAUGGCAGGCAAGGCCUCGCCUGUGUCUUUACCCCAGGCCUCUACACAUGCCAGUGCUCAUACGAGUUCAGGAAGGCAACGACCACCUGUGCACCCGAAUUCUCCAACUGCUCUUAUGCAAGCUAAAUUGCCAGCUCUAUUUCGACAGCUUGAAGAAGCAAUUAGCAAAGGCGAGCAUGACAGAGCUGCCAUUUUGGCAAGGGAGCUGGCUAUGUACAAGGUGUCUUGUUCACUGCGUCGAGUCCGGAAAGUAGCACCAGACCCUAAGCAGUUUAUAGUAAAAAUGUAUGUGGAAGACAGGAAGUCUCAUGUUGGUCCCAUUUCAUUGCCAGUCCAUCCAGAGAUGACUGUCAGCAACCUUAAGAAAAAGGUUGAGACUGAGUACAACAUUCCUGCAAGGGUUCAGCGAUGGAUACUAGGCAAAAACCUGGCCACUGAUGAUGGGGCUACGCUGGAACACUUUGGUGUGAGCCACAGUGCGUGUCCAGUCUUCCUGUACCUGGUGAGCCCAGCAGAGGAGUUAAGGGCUGAAGAGGUCAUCCGAAACAGAUGCUGGAAGCCCCCGGAUAGCAUCGCUAGCACUGAAGAAGGCGAAGAGUUGGCAAAUACAAUAGCUAGGAAUGACACUUCUGAUGCAUCAAGUACUUUGGAUGCCCUCCUCAAUGACCGUGCAGCAGGGUGGACCUGUCAACUGUGUGGCAUAAAUAAUACUGAACCAGACACCUGUGCAAUGUGCGGUGUUGCAGUGGUUGUUGAUGCCACUGAUCAUGCUGAUAUGGAUGCUAGUCGCCCAAGUGUGGAUGCUGACCAUAAUGUUGAAGCUGCUCUUGGUUAUAAAACUGAACCCACUGAAGUACAUGACCUAGUACAUGACCAACUUGAGGCCAGUAAUAGUCGUGCUGAAGUUGACUUCACACUCAAUCAGGAGGAUGUAAGCCAUGGUGAGGAACCAGAACAAGUGCCCCCACCGCAAACUUUAUUGCCUCAAGACUACAUGCGACUUGUUGAACUUGACGAACAAGACUUGGUGCCAAGCAUGGAAGCAUUUGAGUGCUCAGUUUGCUUUCUAGGCAUAGAACCUGGCCAAGGGGUCUUGUUGAGGGAUUGCUUGCACAUGUUUUGCAGAGAUUGCUUGUCAAACUCUGUUCGCUAUGCUGAAGAGGCUAUGGUAAAGUGCCCAUUCAGGAACAAUGAAUAUUCAUGCAGCAGCCAUCUGCAAGAACGGGAAAUUAGGGCGCUGGUGAGCCCCGAGGUAUAUGAGCACCACUUGUCACGUAGUGUGAAGACCGCCGAGAGCCAGGCACCUAACAGCUUCCAUUGCAAGACUGCUGACUGCCCUGGCUGGUGCAUGCUGGAGGACAAUGUCAACACCUUUAUGUGCCCUGUGUGCGGCCACUCAAACUGCCUCACUUGCCGGGCCAUUCACGAGGGCAAGAACUGUCUCCAGUACCAGGAUGAGCUAGAUUUUAAUGCCCCCGAUGGCCAGGAGGCAAAGCAGACUAAGGAAUAUUUAGAUAAUAUGGUAAAGGAGGGCCAAGCAAUGCACUGCCCACAGUGUCGUGUUAUUGUCAUGAAAAAGUGGGGUUGUGACUGGCUCAAAUGCUCCGUGUGCCAAACAGAAAUCUGCUGGGUUACUAAAGGUCCGCGAUGGGGACCUCAGGGCAAAGGAGACACUUCUGCUGGCUGCAAAUGUGGAGUGAAUGGAGUAAAAUGUCAUCCCAAGUGCAAUUACUGCCACUGAUCUGUGCACCUCGAGUGAGAGAUGUGUAGGUGCAUUUUUAUGAAUGACAAGAAAACAUUUCCUUGGUUGCUUAUUUUAGUGGUAUUUAGUAACAGGCCUAGUACCAUGUGUACAUCAGUGAGAAACCCAUGCAAAAUGAAGUGCAUUGACUUUUUGUUUCACUUUUGUAGCGUGUUGCCAAAGGCUUUUACCAUUGCAUGCUUACAAAAGGCUCUGGCCACUCUAUGCAAUACAUAUGACAUUGCCAGGCUUUCUAAUAACUGGAAAUGUUAAUACAGUUGGGCCCAGAUGCAACGAACACCAUCAAUGCGCAAAAUAUGUUUGCUGUAUCAUAAGUUUGUUAUAGUUGGACAUGCUCUUAGAAUUGCCGGUACAGAACUCAACAAGGUGCAGAAGAGAUGUUUUAUUUUCAAAAUUGACAUGCACCACAUUUACUGGCAAAAAUUGGUGAUUGAGCUCUAUAUGAGUAUUUUCCACCUGUCAAUGCUACUCUACAUUUUCGUAAACUGUCAACGUGGUUGUAGGUAAAGCCCCUGGUGUGUACGGAAUGCUUGAGUGAGCUACAAAGCUUAAAUUAAGGCAGGUGAUGUCAAGAUCACUAGGGCCGAUCCUCGGCUUGUUGUCCCUUUCACAGCUCAUCGAGACGCUGCCAUGUUACAGUUAAUCUCGUUCAUUGUAAUCAAACUGAGCAGACUGUUCUCUCAUAGACUCCUUGCAAAGCAUUUUGGUUGUUGGGAAACUGUUUGCUGUAGAUUAAAGUUAGCUUUCAUAAUGCCAGAACUUGAAGGGAACAUUGCAGCUCCUGUUAUCUCUCAUGGGUUGCAUGGCACUGCGUAAUGCCUUGUAAUCUCUGAGUAGGAGGUGACUGUCAGUAUUGAGGACACAUGCAUUCAGAGAGCUUGGAUAUUGUUGCACUGGCCUGCUUUGAUGAUUUAUUGUGUGUUUGAUACCCCAGUUUGAAAAGAUUUUUGCCGACAUGGUAUGUGCUUCAUAUGGAAAAGAGAGAAAAGUUAGACUUGGCAAAAGCAGCAAGCAUUCCAAGUUUAUUAAAAGCCCAUAGUUUUUGCUGCUAAAAUGAAUGUUGACAUUUAGGCACACAGCCUUGUAUUCCCUGCUGUAACUUCCAAUUCAUGAGUGUUGGUGCUCAAAGAUUCAUAGUUUAUUUGUUUAAUAGUCUAGGAAAAGUCAGUUUAAUUGUGCUGAGCUGAGUGGAACCAUUUCUUUUGCCACUUGAAAAUUCUCUACACUGUGGUAGCUUCUGAAGCACAGGCAUGUUUCACACUUUCUUGCACAGUGACUUAUCUCAUUAUUGUCUGUGGAUCUCGAUCAUUAUUUCAUAUGCACAUCAUUGCCAUGACUAAGCAUACUCAGUCUUCUCAGUUUGAAGAGCUAGAAAAGCAUUCAUGUGCAAAUGUAAAUGUACUGUUUGUAUUCAAACUUGUGUCAGCUGUUGAAAAUGAAGCCGGUGUUGUUGUGAAGUCUUUUAAAAGCAUGUUGCAAAAAAGAAAAAGAAUGACUGGUCUUUAUUGACCAAUUCCCUUACCUCAACUACGGUGGACAGCAGCAGUUAUGAGUCCCCAAAGCCUCGAUACAUUAGGUUAUUCCAUGUUAUCUUGAAAAGAACCCCCUUUGGGAAAUUUUUUAGAUAAUUCCAGGUGACACAUGAAGAACUGUAAACUCCUGGACAACGCGAGGAGCCUCCUUAGCAAUUUGAAGCACACAGUUUGCAUACAGCUACAGAUGCAUGCUGUAUGUAGUGCCAUCCAUUGCCAGGAAGGACGUGCAAGGCAAGCCUAGUUAGCGAGCCUUCCGUGAUGUGGCCUUUACUGAAUUUGCCUUACUCUUGGUGCAUUUAUUUUUUGUGCAUUUGCUCUACAAACCAGUGAAUCUCGCAGUCAGCACAAUGCAAAUGCUGUUGGAGCAGAAGAAGAACGUGCCACAAUGCGUGUGUACCAGUGUUGCAGGCACCUUGUCUAAGUCAAGGCUGUGGUAUGGUGCACAAGAUGAGCCCAAAGGAAGACUUGAUAUUUGUUGCAAGUACAACUUUUGUCAGAAAAAUUCCAGGACUGAGCUUAUAUAAAAAAAAUUGAUUCAACUUGCAAACUAUAAUGACUCUAGGUCUUGUCAAUGUAGUCCCCUUGGCUAUCUACACAAAGCUGCCACCUUUUUGGAGGUCAUGGAAGCAAGCAGAAAGACCUUCAUCGAGGAUGCUCUUCAGCACAUGACUCACAGCAAUUUUGUUUGCUAUUGUAUCUUUAUGAUGCUACCCUGGCAGCAGCUAUUUCACAUGGGGAAACAAAAAUAAAUUGCACUGCGACAGGGUAUAUGAAUAUGGGGAGUGUAGUAAAGUAGAAAUAUGGUGUUUGGCCAGAUAUUCCUGGACUGAUUACAGCAGUGCGGGGCCUCACAUUGUCAUACAAGAAAAACUGUUCUCUAGAUGACAACAAAUCGGGACAGUGCUGACGAAUUGCUUGGUGAAAAUGUUUUGGCGUGUUAGUGUAGAAGUUUUGGUUUAUUUCUUUCAUGAGAACAGUGCAAAAAAUAAAACAAGCAAGUGACUAACACACACACGCAGAGUGCUGCACUCUGUGUGCUGCUCCCAUCUGUGCUGUUUCCAUAAAAGAUGUUGCCUUACCAACUAGCUCGUAUUCAGACCUUUUUGGUUUAUUGCUUGUCUUUCCAGCAGCAGAAGAGGGAGGCGAACUGUGGCCUUGCUAUUCGGCACUUUGCGAGAGAUGAAGUUGGUGCUACCAGUAUGACCCUCAAACAAAGUGACAGUGAUGCUUUAACACGAAUGUGGGAUCACUUCUGGCUCUUUCCAAAAGUUCAACAGCAAUUGUUUGUCUGAUUUGUUUCCGUUCGUCUGCCAGAGUGUGGCACUAUUGUUGCAUUCUGUUUCCAUUUUCCUGAAUUGUUGCGUUCACUCUGGUGAAAUGCAUCCCUGUUCAUUUUCAUAUCUUCUGAUAUCACGCGUGCAGGAGCAUGGCGAUCUUAAUGCAGUAACUGCCUCACUUCGGCCACAUUUGCAGCCAUAUCCGACACUGAUGAGUGGCUGGCUCUGAAAUCGCCUUGCACUGAAUCUCUGCCCUCCAAAACAUUUGGUGCCAGUCAAAGACACAGCUUCUCGAUAAUUCUUUAUCUCUAUGGACUAUCGACCAAAAAAGUUUACGGACCAAGGGAUCUGACAAAAAGCUGAAUAUCUCCGCACCCUCAAAACGCAGCCUGGUAUUCUCAUUUCCAGCCUCUACUGGUAUAUGUGAACAACAUUGUGAUGUAUGGUUUUACUGGCUACUUUUAAAGGCUGCUCAGAUAUUUAGCGUUGUCUGAGAUCCCAUGGUCCAUAAACUUUUUUGGUCGAUAGUACUUGCUGAAUCACUUAAAAAAUCAGCCCUGCAAUUUUUCUGACAAAUGGUAUCUUACCCUUUCAGUUGUUGUGCAGAGUGACUAUGGUGUAGCAAUAGUUGAAGCAAUACGGUGUUCUUUCAAUCUCAAAUAAACCUAACUGAGAUGUCCUUUUUUUGUUAUGUUGUGCUGUGCCUGAAGCAAAGUGUGAUGAGCAAGCGCAUGAACCAUGAUGGCAUAUUUCUGACCUCAUAACUGUUCUUUUCAGUAAAAGCCUUGAUGAAAUUGGCGAGCAGUUGUUGGGGUGUACUGAAAGGAGAGGGCAGUAGCUCGAGGAGCAGCAUGGAGGACAUGUCAGGUGGCAGCAUGAGCUGGUGGCUGUAAAGUAGUGUGGUGAUGAUGAUCAGUCAUCUACUGAACUGACCAUUUCUUUUUUCUUUUGAUUUGAAAUUAUUGGUUUGUUUGAGUUUCUGUGCAAUAAUAUCUGCCUUGUAUGAAGUUGUAAUCUUUUAUUUGCUUUGAAUAUAAACAUGCUUCUCUUAGCUGGUUAUCAUGCACAUUUUUAAAGUUGGGUGUUAAAAAAAACUUUUCCUGCUCAGUAACAGUCUGUUAUUGUUAAGCCAUUGUGAUGUCAGGGCAGGUUGGCUGUCAUGUGCAGUGUGUAUGUGCUUGGAAGGCCAGAGUUUGCUGUAGUCCACAUGCAGCCAUGCGUCUGUUUGUGCAUACAAAAGUGAUACAUUCAGUGAUGUCUUCUUGGUUCAAUUUUGAUGGUUGAAUGCAUCAUACUGUUGAGAAGUUAGAGGCUCUUUAUUAUUUUCCAGUGCUGCAGAUAAGUGUGGCAUCUUUUUAAUCUAUGAAUUUUUUUUUUUU